AACCUGUCUCGACCAAUCACAGCAGCUUAUGUGAGGUACCCACCAAAACAUUUCAGUUUCAAAUUCAAACGGCUGGAGAGAGACGGUGGACAGAAGCUUUCUUUGACCGGAAACAGACUUCUAUAUUAAGAUCAUGUCCCGCUUGCCAAUCAGCAAGAGGGUCUUUCCAGGCAGCGGCUCGGAGAUUGGCCAGGACACGGGGCCUGCUCAGAAGAAGAUUCGUAAGGACCCCGACACAGUCAAACCUCAGACAGCAGCGACGAUCAUCGGAGGCAGGCGGGCUCCAGUUGCAGCAACCAGAGCCCCCAUUUCUAGGCCGGUCAGAAGUGUGGGAGCUGCCACCUUGGCUGUUGCUCCAUCCAGAGGUGUCCUGAAACAAUCGAUCGCUUCAACCACAGCAAGAGGCAACAUGCGACAAUCUGGUGCUCCCACUGCAUCAAAGCCAGGUGGGGGCGGGGUCAUCAAACGGAACAAGUGGGACCUGAAAGGCAAAGUCACCGACAUGGAGGACAAGCUGCGUAACUACCAGACCAGGGUCAAAUCUACAAACCAGGAGAACGAGGUCCUGAAAGGCUCGAUGGCCCAGAACCAAUCCAAGGUGGCGGAAAUGGACAGAGAACUUCAGAAGCAGCGGAAACAGAUCAGUGAGUACGAAGAGGAGCUGCAGGCAUUGUCGGGGGUCCAGGCUGAGCUGGAGAGAGUUUGCAGCGAUAAGAGCACCCUUCAGACGGAGCUCUCCAACUUACAGGGAAAAUACAGAGUCAUGGAGACUCUCCGAGACAGUCAAGAGACUGAGCUGCAAACUCUGAAGAUGAAGCUUUCAGUGCAGGAGUCCACUCUGACCCGCGUGCAGGCGACCCUCAGGGACACAGAGGAGGAGGUCCGCUCCCUCAAAGAGACUGUGGCUGAGCAGAAAGACGAGCUGCAUGAUGGAGAGAUGGAGCGCAGACGGCUCCACAACACCAUCCAGGAGCUCAAGGGUAAUAUCAGAGUUUUUUGCAGAGUGCGCCCCCUGGUGGAUGGAGGGCUCACCAAGCACAUCCAGCUCCCUGCCAGUGACAUCAAGAUGAUAACACUGGCCAAAACAGAGGAGUCUCACACAGGCAAAACUGCAGACACUCAGAAGAAUUACAACUUCAGUUUUGACCGAGUGUUUGGCCCCCAGGCUUCACAACAGGAGGUCUUUGAGGAGAUCUCACUGCUGGUGCAGUCUGCUCUGGAUGGCUACAACGUCUGCUGCUUUGCUUACGGACAGACGGGGAGUGGAAAGACAUACACCAUGGAGGGAGACGAGUUUGAUGCCACAAGAGGCGUCAUUCCCAGAGCUGUGCAGCAAAUCUUCAAAGCAGCUGAGAAACUUGGAACUCAAGGCUGGGAGUUCAGCUUCACAGCAAGCUUUGUUGAAAUUUACAACGAGACCCUGCGGGACCUCCUGUACACCGGGAAGGCCAGCAAGAGGCCUGAGCACGAGAUCAGAAAGGCAACCAACAACGAGGUGACAAUCACCAACCUCACUUACGAAAAGGUCUCCAACGAGGACCAGGUUCUCGGCCUCAUCGUUCUGGCCAAUCAGAACCGCUCCACAGCUCAGACCGCUCAGAACGACCGCUCCUCACGCUCCCAUUCAGUCUUCCAGCUGGAUAUCGAGGGAGUCAAUGUGGGCAGGGACAUCAAAUGCAAGUCCACUCUGUGUCUGGUGGACCUGGCAGGCAGUGAGCGAAUGCUGAAGAGUCAGUCUCAGGGCGAGCGCUUCAAAGAGAUGACCGCCAUCAACGGCUCCCUCUCCAACCUGGGCAUCGUCAUCACUGCACUGGCCAACAAGGAGAGCUACGUCCCAUACAGGAACUCCAAGCUGACCUACCUCCUGCAGGGAUGCCUAGGAGGAAACAGCAAAACCCUGAUGUUUGUGAACAUCGCCCCAGAGCAAGACAGCUUUGGAGAAACCCUCAACUCUUUGAGGUUUGCCAGCAAGGUGAACGACUGUGUGAUUGGGACCGCCAGUGCCAACAGAAAGUAGAGCGACGCCCUGAAACAAUCCCAGUUCUGUUUUUGACGCCAUGCUCGCCACCUGAAAUUGUUGUGUGUAAAUAUUUCUGAUGUCUUUCAUUCACACUUUGUGUUGUGUGGCACACAGUCCGGUGCCAACCUGUAUGAAACCAAAAACUAUAUCAUUUGUGUAUUCUCAGGACUUCGAUUGGUCGCCACUAAUACAGGCUUUUAAACAUU